UCACGUGUUUUUUUUGUUGCGAGUACUAUAAUGUCCGACGGUUUUGAACGCAACGCCAGAUCCCUGUAGUCCAUGCAUCCAUUCCUGUCUGUUUGUACCUGCUGACUACUGAACUUAGCUAGCAGCCUUUUUACCUUAUGAGGCACUUCUGUCCUGGAAUAACAACAUGAACCAACAUCCCAGAAUGAUUUGAACUCGCUUCCCCCUCAAUAUGUCAAGGCUCAUUUAGGGAAAGAUGGGCACCGUCUGUCCGGCGUCAGCGUUUUAGCUGUUAGGGCUGUUUUUUUUUUUGUGGGUCCAUUUUGCGUGUAAUUGGAAGUGGAAAAGACAAAGAAAAGAGCUUUCCAAUAGCUAGAAUGGUUUGGGCCUAAAAAGAAGACAAGAGCAACAUGAACCGUGAGGACCGGAAUGUGCUUCGAAUGAAAGAAAGAGAAAGGAGAAAUCAAGAAAUCCAGCAGGGAGGAGGCGAGGCCUUUCCAGCAAAUUCCCCUCUUUUCCCUGAGCCUUACAAAGUGUCCAGCAAAGAAGAUAAACUGUCGAGCCGUAUUCAGAGCAUGCUGGGCAAUUACGACGACAUGAAAGAUCCAAUUGGCGAGACCCUUCCGAAGCUUAGCGCCAAACCUACGAACAGCUCGUCUUCCUCCGAGGAGAAAUUGGCCCUGCCCUUGUUUGCCGGUGACCAGCGAGGAAGCGGAAGCAGCCAGAGCAGUAAGUGGACUCCUGUCGGCCCCGCCUCAGCGGCCUCCUCAUCCCAGUCUCAGAAACGCUCCGGACUCCAGGGGGGGCACAGUAGCCAGAGGGGCAGCGGCGGCAGUAGCGGCAGCAGCAGUGGUAGCCAAAGACACGGCGGAGAGUUGCGGGAAAAGAAGUCGAGUAAACACAGUGGAUCAGAUCACUCAAAGUCGCACACAUCCAGUCCGGCCAAGGGCUCGCUGAGCUCUUCCGGCGGCAACAGCCACUCGCGGAGCUCCUUGGCCGCCGAGCAGCAUCACAGUAAGGAGCGCUACAGGUCCAAGUCACCGCGAGACCGGGAGGCCAACUGGGACUCGCCUUCACGGCUUCACACCUCCUUCCCUAGCGGACAGCACUCGAGUCAGGCAUUCCCCCCGUCGCUCAUGUCCAAACCGGGCUCCAUGCAGCAGAAGCCCACGGCCUAUGUGAGGCCUAUGGACGGCCAAGAGACGGCAGAAGCCAAGAGCUCACAAGCAGAAAGCUACAGCGGACAGUCGCACAGCAGCACUAUGGGGGAGAUGAAGUCUAAUGGAAAAGCCUCGCUGACCAAACUCAAGAUCCCCUCGCAGCCUGUAGAGGGAUCUGGAGACGCCAACUGCGUGGACGAGAUUCUGAAGGAAAUGACUCAGACCUGGCCCCCUCCAUUGACAGCUAUCCACACCCCCUGCAAGACAGAGCCCUCCAAGUUUCCUUUCCCCACUAAGGAUUCUCACUCCUUCCCAAAGCGGGGCAGUUCUUCCAAGAGCUCAAGCAGCCACCAGUCCAAGCCUUGUGAUAACCAGCCAACAACGCUGGCAGAGGACCUCAAGCUCAGCAGCAGCGAGGACAGUGAUGGAGAGCAGGACUCUGCCAAAAACAUCUCAAGAAACAAAUCAGAAAGCAAUAACAGCGAAGGACCGGAGCAGUCCAAGGAUGACUCCAGCAGCCACAGUGGUUCCGAGACCAGCUCGGGUUCUGAGAGCGAGAGUGAGAGCAGCACGACGGACAGCGAGGCCAACGAGCCUCCACGACCUGCUUCUCCGGAGCCUGAACAACCAAUGGCCAACAACAAGUGGCAACUGGACAACUGGUUCAAGAAGACUAAGCAGUUCUCUCCAGCGUCGCCAUUGGACAACAACAGCGUGCAAACCAAGAGCAAAAAAGAGGGCAGAGAUAAUAGCUCAGGUCGAGGCUAUGGGAGCCAGGGCGGCGGAUCCAAAGAUUCCUCAGCACCGACACCAUGCAGGGACCUUCGAGCGGCGCAAAAAGGAGGCGAGACUGGCCGCGGUCGGCAGAAAUCUCCAGCCCAGAGUGAAAGCAGCUCGGGGAGCCGGAGGCCUGUGGGGAAGAAACAGCCUAAAAAGUCUGAAAAGCCCCCAGUGGUGGAGGAACCCAAGGGCGGGUUGAGGGUGGAAAGCGAGCCAGCUCCUGAGAUCCCCCCUCACCGGCCAAUAGCCGCCACCAAGGGUUCCCGCAAGCCCAGCAUCAAAAAGGAGCCAAAAUCCUCUCCGCGGCCCACCGCAGCUACCACCGCCACCACCGUCAACAAGCGCAAGGCCAAAGCCAAGUCGUCUUGCGAGAAGUCUCGGGAGUUUGUCACGGACUCGACAACGUCGGACUCUGAAGAAAAUGACAGCAUCCCGUCCUCGUCUCAGACGCCCAAGUACACUGAGAGCAUCCGGACGCCUGUGUGUGUGUUCUCUUUGGAGGACAAAGAGCUGCUGUCUCCUUUAAGUGACCCGGAAGAGCGCUCCACCACGAGGCAGCCUCCGCAGCAGGUUUUGAUAGUCAAGAUAGAUCUCAGCUUGCUAUCCAGGAUCCCUGGGCGGCCAUACAAGGAGCCUGCUGAGAUAAAAGUGGAGCGAGACGACUCCCAAGACCGGGACAGCAAGGAAUUCAGCAAGCAGAGCUCUGAAAAGAGCUCAAGCAAGACCAAGAGGAAGCACAAGAAUGACGAGGAAGGCACCAAGCCAGACAGCAAGCGAUGCAAGGUGGAGGACAAAUCUCAAUCGCAUCAUAAAAGCAGCAGUAAAGAAUCCAAGAGGUCUUUGGAGAAAAAAGAGGAGCCUGUCCCCUCUCCGUCAAUGGCAGGUCUCCAGCGGACGCCGAAAGCCGAGCAUCCGAGUCGGAAGAGGACCGCCAGCCAGUCAUCCACGUCUUUGUCCAGCGGAGCGGGUAGUGGCAAGGAGGGGGGCCACAGCACCAAGAGCACCUCCACCUCCAAGCACAGAAAAGGCGAGGAUAAGGGACGCAGCACUCGGGAAUGCAAGGAGAAAUCCUCAAAGAGCUGUGAUAACCAGCUGGCUGUGCCGCCGCUACCCACCGAUGGUUCCAAGUCUCAAAGAUCCAAGCUGCCGUUUGAGGACAGGGCUCUUUCAGCAGAUCAUUACUUACAAGAGGCCAAGAAACUUAAACACAAUGCCGAUGCACUGCUGGACCGCUUUGAGAAGGCCAUCUACUACCUGGAUGCGGUGGUGUCGUUCAUUGAAUGCGGCAACGCCCUCGAGAAGAGCGCCCAAGAGGCCAAGUCUCCCUUUCCCAUGUAUGCUGAAACGGUGGAACUCAUCAAGUACACAAUGAAGUUAAAAAGCUACAUGGCUCCAGAUGCAACGUCAGCAGACAAGCGUGUAGCGGUUCUUUGCCUAAGAUGUCAAUCUCUCCUCCAUCUGCGGUUGUUCAAACUGAGGAAAGACAGCGCUCUGAAAUACUCCAAAACACUUUCAGAACAGUUAAAGAACUCUCUGAGUAACACCCAGGCUCCCUCUCCUGGCAUGGGAAACAAAGCAGCAGGAAUGCCCUCGCCGGUGUCCCCUAAAUUGUCACCGGGCACGGCAGGCGGCUACUCGUCGGUGAGCAGCAGUAGCAGCGCCGGCUCGUCCGUGACCAUACCUCAGCGUAUCCACCAGAUGGCCGCCAGCUACGUGCAGGUCACCUCCAACUUCCUUCACGCCACCGAGGUGUGGGACCAGGCGGAGCAGCUGUCAAAGGAGCAAAAAGACUUCUUCCAAGAGUUGGACAAAGUGAUGGGUCCCCUAAUCUUCAACACCAGCAGCAUGACAGACCUGGUGCGUUACACCCGCCAGGGCCUCCAUUGGCUGCGUCUGGACGCCAAGCUUGUUCCCUAGCGAGGAGCUUUGCCUCCUACGCACACAGCCACACCUCAGCGACGCACCCUCACCUCACACAGCCCACCUCUGGUCUUCUUAUACGCGGACACACACACACGAUGAUGAACCUCUUAGACAUAUCUCUUAAGUGUGUGUGUCCUUUUUAUCUACACCAGCUUGCCAAAAACUGAGCAAAUUGGAACAUCUCAAACCGCCGACUGCACCUUCGGCGGGAGAAGCUUACCACGUUUCACAUAUCCACAUCUUAAUAGAUUUGACCCUAAAGCACCAGGUGAUUUAUUUAUUAUUUAUUCCCUGGACUUCAGUUAUCAAUAUGCUCCUGUUUUUCUCCCCCACCAAAGUACCUCCCAUGAAACACCAAAGGUGCUUUAAAAUUUUCAAAUGAAGGUUUCUCUUUGUU